CACCCACACACCCACACACCACAAACCCCUCCAAAACUCCUCCCAUUUCCCAAAUUCCCCAAUCCCUACGUUUCAAGCUCUCCUCCCUUCCUCCCCAGAUUUUUCCAAAAAUGGAGGACUACAUGCGCGGCUGCACGCGGAAGCUGGCGCUCUGGUACACCCGCACCUUCAAGCCCAUCAUGACCCACGACGAGCUCGAGCCGAUCAUGGCGACCCUCGGCUUCGUGGGGCUUCCGCCGUCGUCGUCGGCGGCGGCGACGAAGGAGUACGUGUUCUCCUCAGCCGGAGGUUGGCGGAGCAAGUGGGCUCCCCCCGCGGAGGCGCCGCUACCGAGGCCGAGGCUGCCGUACCCGAGAAUCGACGGGCUUCAUAUCUAUACGUACCGGGCGUUUAUUGACGCCGUUAACUUUUACCUCAGGAUGAGCGACAUCUCCGAUCUCUUCCAUGUAAGAGGCAUGCCGCUCCAUGAUCUCCAUCGAAUUAGCGACAGAAACCGGAAGUGGCGCAAAAUGGAAGAAGAUGACAGUGUGUUUGUUUACAGAGAAGGAACACUAGAUCAGGCAACAUUCAAUCUGUAUCACUCUACUAAUAAGAACAUCAGCAACAGCACUGCCAGUAAUGGUAGCAGCGGCAGUACCGUUACCAGCGACAAUUCUAUUGUCAUUCGGGAGAAAGGCAACAACACCCCUGUCAGCUGCAUUGUUCCGUUGAAAGAUAUCAUAGUGUGAGCCUCAUACUCCAUCAACAUCAAGGUUGUAACUUGGGAAACACGGAAACGCAGAAAACCUCACAGUGAUAUUCAUUUUAUAAACCCAAAAGUUUUGCUCCCUAGUCGCUCCUUUUUUGUGUGCACCCAAUUUUCGGCUUGUUUUUUCUUUGGUUUUAAAGGGUUUAGGUCCAAAGAAGUGAUUAUUAGGACUGUCGCGUUUAGGUAUAAAGAAGUGAUUAUUAGGACUGUCGCGUGUGACAGCUUCUCAACGGGUGAGGUCAACAUUCAUGGGUCUCACUCACAAUGAGGAGCUGCUGUAUCCGGCAACGAUGUAUAGAAAAUUUCUCCUCCAGAUGGGGAGGAAGAGGGUCUCGCGAUCGAAGAAUCGUAUCUGAGUUAGUCGUUGGAUACCAACUCAAAGACAAUUCUCUGUUCGUCAUAAGCAAUACUUGUGAGUCUAGACAGUUCCCGGGUGUCCAUAGAAUCACAUUUUCAAUGUUUGAGCUCCAUUGGAGCCUAGAGAAUAUAGAAGUGGGCUUUAAUGCAACGGGCUUACGGAAUGAGGCCUGCAACAUGAUAAAGAGGGCAAUCGUCUUGUGGGUUUCACAUGGCGGCUUGAUGAAAUAGCAAGUUAGCGACUAAUUCAAGCCAUGUCAAGGAGAACAAUUUUUAUGGUAUAAGUUCACUGUCAUCGUGAUCGUUUGUGUUAAUAAUAUGAUGUUAUAUGUA